GCGGUGCCUGCUGGGAAUCGUGGUCCGAGGCCACCUUGGGAAGCGGGAGCGGGCGAGCUACCGUGGGCCGGGCUCUAGGACCCGACAGGGAGCGGCGGGCCGGGAGGCCGGGCGCGCUCUCGGAAGCCGGAGAGGUAGCGGCGUCGGGAGCGAGCAGCCCGGGCGGCGGAGGAGCCGGGGCUCGAUUGUCUAACCAUGGCCCAGGUAGAAAAACGGGGAGGUUUGCUCCGGAAAUCUUCAGCCUCCAAAAAACCACUAAAGGAAAAAGUAGUGCUGAUGUAUGAUGAGAUCUUCAUGACAGAAGACCCCAGUAAGUGCAGCCCUCGGUUUUGGGAAGAGCUCUUCCUCAUGAAAGUGAAUUUAGAGUACCUAGAAGGCAAGCUGGAAUCUCUUGAUGGUGAGGAGUUAAUGAAGAUCAAGGACAAUAUUAAUUGCUUAUUUCAACACUGCAUUCAGGCUCUGGGAGAAGAGCAUCCGAUUCGAGUUGUGAAUGCAUUGCAGACCUUGUGUGCGCUUAUUCGAGGAGUCCAUCAAAAGAAUAAGUCUACCUCUGGGUUUGACAUCAUCAACAUGCUGAUGGGCUUCGACAAGGCAGAGCUGUGCAUGAAGAAUUUAAUGGAGAGUUUGGAUUCAUUGCUUUGUGCAGAAGGUUCUGAAAGUCUGAAGAGUUUAUGCCUGAAACUUCUUCUUUGCCUAGUGACUGUGACAGACAAUAUCAGCCAGAACACUAUCCUGGAGUAUGUAAUGAUCAACAGCAUAUUUGAAGCAAUUUUACAGAUACUCUCCCACCCCCCAAGUCGUAGAGAGCAUGGGUAUGAUGCUGUUGUCCUCUUGGCUUUGCUGGUAAACUACAGAAAAUAUGAGUCUGUGAACCCUUAUAUUGUGAAGCUGUCCAUCGUGGACGAUGAGGCCACUCUCAAUGGAAUGGGGCUCGUGAUUGCUCAGGCUUUAUCUGAAUACAACAGAGUCAUCCAGAAAUGGGCUUGGUGACCACCCCGGUAAGUCCCACUCCAGCAACUCCAGUCACAUCGCUUGGGACCACACCACCAUCCUCUGAUGUUAUAAGUUCUGUGGAACUCCCACUGGAUGCAGAUGUACAGACCAGUAAUCUACUAAUAACCUUCUUAAAGUAUAGCUCAAUUGUCAUGCAAGAUACCAAAGAUGAACACAGGCUUCACAGUGGCAAGCUCUGUCUGAUUAUCCUUACGUGUAUUGCAGAGGAUCAGUAUGCCAAUGCAUUUUUGCAUGAUGACAACAUGAAUUUUCGAGUAAACUUACAUAGAAUGCCCAUGAGACACAGGAAGAAGGCAGCAGACAAGAAGCUUCCCUGCCGCCCUCUGGUGUGUGCAGUGCUGGACCUGAUGGUAGAGUUUAUUGUAACACACAUGAUGAAGGAGUUUCCUAUGGAUCUCUACAUACGCUGCAUUCAGGUGGUGCAUAAACUGCUUUGCUACCAGAAGAAGUGUCGAGUUCGGCUGCAGUACACCUGGCGGGAGCUCUGGUCAGCCCUGAUAAAUCUGCUGAAGUUCCUUAUGUCAAAUGAAACUGUACUUUUGGCCAAGCACAACAUUUUUACAUUAGCCCUCAUGAUUGUGAACCUGUUUAACAUGUUUAUCACAUAUGGUGACACGUUCCUGCCGACCCCUAGCAGCUAUGAUGAACUUUACUAUGAGAUCAUUCGCAUGCACCAGAGCUUUGACAACCUCUAUUCCAUGGUACUGAGGCUUUCUACCAAUGCAGGCCAGUGGAAGGAAGCAGCUAGCAAGGUGACCCAUGCUUUGGUUAAUAUCAGAGCCAUCAUCAACCACUUUAAUCCCAAAAUUGAGUCCUAUGCUGCUGUGAAUCACAUAUCGCAACUGUCAGAGGAGCAGGUGCUAGAGGUGGUGAGAGCCAACUAUGACACGCUCACGCUGAAGCUGCAGGACGGCCUGGACCAGCACGAGCGCUACUCGGAGCAGCACAAAGAGGCUGCCCUCUUCAAGGAGCUGGUUCGGUCCAUUAGCACCAACGUGCGGAGGAGCCUGGCCUUCCACACACUCAGCCAGGAGGCCCUGCUAAAGGAGUUCUCCACUAUCUCCUGAGUCUGCACCCUCCUGACAGCCACUGACUGCCCUUAUUCAUGAGGCUCCUGGGCCAGAGCGGGAGAAGGGGCUGCCUCUGAGGUCGGAGAGAAACAGACACCCAGGUCUCUUGAUGAAGGCUGCACUUGAGUGGAGCUUGGACAGCAGCAGCAAGCCAGGGCAUCUUAUUUGGGGAGGAAUGGGUGGGCAGAGGGAUACAUGUGUAAGAAUGUGGGGGCUGCCAGGGUAGGCUCCCUGGACGCCCCCACAUUUCCAGUUGAGAUUGCAAGUUGUACCUUCUGGCUCGCUGUUGGGAGUUGGCGGGCUAAGCCCUAGGUGAUGCUGACACCCUGAAGUCCAGUGGCUUUGCUAGGGUUCUGAACAGAUCAACUGUCAGAUACACCUGGAGCUUCGAGGGGCUUGAAAUACAUGUCCCCUGCUCCUACUGGGAAUCUGUCUGGUCAUCUUAGCUCACGCUCAGGGAAGGUGUCCCGUUUUCUAAAUUCAGGAUCGACUUCUCUAAGAAACUGGAGAUUGGAAUCUACCCAGAGCUCUACUGUCCAGCCACCACUUUGUAGAUUUUAGUUUUGGCACCAGGAGCACCUGUUAGCUUUCUUCUGCCUUCCAACCCAUGGACUCAUCAGCACAAAUAGGCUCACAACCUUCACUUUUAAUUUUUAGUUUGCUUUAAACUGUCAUUGGGUGUGUGUGAAAUAAACAUGGAUAGGUUUUCCGAGCCCUCAA